CCAUCCCUCCUCAUGACUGUUCUAGAGCGGGACCUUCAUCGGGCCCGUGUCCUCCGUACCCAUGCUGCUAUUCUCGGGCUUCUUCGUCAACUUCAACACCAUCCCGCCAUACCUCCAGUGGUUGUCGUACUUGAGCUACGUGAGGUACGGAUUCGAAGGUGCCAUGGUGGCCGUGUACGGGUACGGGCGGAAGAAGCUGAGCUGCUCCGAGCCCUACUGUCACUACCGCAGCCCGACCAAGUUUCUUCAGGCCAUGGACAUGGCAGAUGCUUACUUCUGGGUGGACAUGGUGGCACUCUUGGUGUUUUUUGUCGUUCUACGGUUUAUCACGUACUUUAUACUGCGCUUGAAAUUGCGAUCAACUCGGUGAUUCAUGGAGAUCACAAAGGAAGGUAAGCGCUCAAAGUUGCUCUUUGGCGGUGGCAUUCUGAAGUCUGGAACUCCACAAGGCAGUGAGUGUUCUUAAGUGUUGUUAAUCGAGGCUUUCAAAAAGUCCUCAUGGGUGUGCUGUCUUAAAGUCUGUUAUUUUUAUAUAAAACUCCAAAUAAUAUUAGAGAUAUUUUAGGUAUGGCUGUGAUAUUACAGGUGCUUUGUGUAGAUUGUUCCAUUAUGAAAUUGCAUUUGUGUGAAAUAGCUGUGAUAUGAUAAAAUGUUGAGUUUUCCCUCUUCCCAAUGAGCAAAGUGGAAAUGGUGUAUGACAAUUUAAUUAAGGUACUGUAAAACGAGAAGAUUGAAAUGUCUGUAGCAUCAUAUCCAGUCAUAUUCUGAUGUUAUAUUGCUUGGUCAGGCAAGUAUUUGUACCACAUUGUGUUCAUACAACUUCUUGAGCAUUGCUUACAUUAUUUCCAUAAUUAUGCAAGACAAAGCGUAUCAGGUUUAGAAAAUUUGAUUGCCAUUUUAUGUGAUAGCAUUUUCUAUUUUCUUAGUAAUAUUAUUGAUUAAAUACAUGCAACAAUGCUGGUAUUUUACAAGCAGCAAAUAAAAAGUGUAGUGGAAAACAGA